AAGAUUUAUCAUAUGCAGUGGGGUUUUUUUUUAAUUACAUAUUCUCAUGUUAUGAGAUUAGUCAUCAGUAUAUCCCUGUUGUGAUAAAAAUUGCCUAGAUAUAGAGGAGUCACCCUCUUCUUGUGAUGAGAGGAACGAUCAACAUAUUCCUUUAGCAUGACGAAGUGAGAUCGAAAUUGAUCGACUAAAUACGGAGGAGUUACCCUCGUCUGGUUCACCAACUAUCAGUUAUAACAAAAUGAGCUUGAACUUCUCUUUUCUCGAAUUUCCGAAUGCGCAAGUACAUGCAUAACCAUGUUUAUUUGGAAUGCAAGUUACAAAAGAAGCCCAUCAUAUAUUGCAUGUAAUAAUUGAGAUGGAUUGUCGCACGGUAAUAGCCAAGUUAAACGAUGAAGAACAUUUAAAUUAAUGAAACUUAUGACAAAAUAAUUCAAGUUGAAUAACUUUGCAACUCUCAGAAAUAGACAAUAACAAAAAGAAAGAUAUAAUGUGGCACAUCCAUUUUCAAUAUGAUCAUCUAUUUCAUCAUGUGGCAAAUUAACCUAAGGUUUGACUAAAAUCUAAAACACUAAAUCACCUAAUCCAACUUAUUUUUUUAGGCCAACCCUAAAAUAAUUUAUUGUUUCUAUGAAUUGAUAAGCUAUAUAUUUUGCAACAAUUACAAUUUAUUUAAAAUCCUUCACCAAACGCUAUGUCAUAUUCCUCCCCUAUAAGAAUUUUUUUUAACCGGUUAGCUUCAACAUAUUUGAUUAAUCAGCUUGACAUUUCGAGAUGCUUGCUGGCUUGUUUCUUAAGGGACCAAAACAUUUGGAUGAUCAAGGAACAACAUCAUAAUAUUAAUAAACUCUUCUUCUGGUCCAAUAUUCUUGCAGCAGAGAUGCUAAUUCUAUUACGAUAAGGGAUAUCAAUAUAGAAAAAAAAAAGGUACAAUUGUUACAAACAUUAAACAAAUACGUCUGCAAAUAAAAUAAAAAUUAAAUUUAAAAAACAUGCGUGAAUGGUUGGAUAAAAUAGAAAGGAAACCGGAGCUUAUUCAUUUAUUUAUGUACAGAACAGAACAAGCUACCAAUAAUUGCACGAUAUAAAAAUCGGAUAAUAAAAAAUUGCAGAUAUAUCAUAGAAAACAGCAACAAAAAGCUGAUUAAAGCUAAUCAAAUUUGCAUCUGAGGAAGAGAAUCCAGUUCUUUUUCCUCCCACUCUGCACUCUUAGUUCCUUCCUUCUUCUCUCCCAGCCUCUCUGUCCGUCUAUUCCCCUCACAACCUUCUUUUAGUGCGAAUAACAUCUUUACCGAUUCGAUCUUCGAGAAAUCCUUUCCUUAUUCGGAGUCACAGCAAAAACCCAGAAUUCAUCUUUUGGAAAAAGAUAGAGGCAGUGAGCUAGCGAGGAACCCAAUUGCUGCGAUUCCGCCCACCUGGCAGCCGAAUUCGGCUACUACUAUAUAAAGCUAAGGAACGAGCUACUUCAAGAAAUCAAGCUGGCUUUCUCAGACGGAGCUGUGUUGGCCGCGGAGGCCGGAGGAGGACGACUCGCCGACGAGACCGUUCCUCUUGUAAUGGACGCCGACGGCGGAGGAGGAGAAGGGUUUGGUGGGCAGAGGAGGAAAGUUGGCGAUGAGGAGAAUUUGGCCGUUGAGGUUCCAGAGACUGCCCAUCAGAUUAGCAGCGAUUCAUGGUUCCAGGUGGGAUUUGUUCUUACAACUGGGAUCAACAGUGCCUUUGUACUAGGUUAUUCAGGGACCAUAAUGGUCCCUUUGGGAUGGACAUAUGGAGUGGUCGGUCUUAUUCUGGCCACAGCCAUGUCACUGUAUGCAAACUCUCUCAUCGCCAAGCUACAUGAGUUUGGAGGGAAAAGGCACAUCAGAUACAGAGAUUUGGCUGGCUUCAUAUAUGGAGAUGGAGCUUAUUAUAUGACAUGGGGCUCUCAGUAUCUGAAUCUGUUCAUGAUCAACACUGGUUUUAUCAUAGUAGCUGGUCAGGCUCUUAAGGCUGCCUAUGUUCUUUUCGACGAAGAUGGUCCGAUGAAGCUUCCAUACUUCAUAGGCAUUGCUGGAUUUGUAUGUGGUAUGUUUGCCAUUUCAAUUCCUCAUUUGUCAGCACUCAGACUCUGGCUUGGAGUUUCAACACUUCUCAGCCUGAUCUAUAUCAUUAUCGCCUUUGUGCUCACGAUUAAAGAUGGGGUCAAUGCACCUCCCAGAGACUACAGCAUCCCAGGGACAACUACAAGCAAGAUCUUCACAACCAUUGGAGCAACUACCAAUCUUUUCUUUGCAUUCAACACAGGAAUGCUCCCAGAGAUACAGGCAACAAUAAAGCAGCCAGUAGUGAAGAACAUGAUGAGAGCACUCUACUUCCAGCUCACAGUUGGGGUUCUGCCAAUGUAUGCCAUCACUUUCAUUGGCUACUGGGCUUACGGAUCAUCCACAUCGACCUAUUUGCUUAGCAGCGUGGAUGGUCCGGUUUCGCUCAAGGCAUUGGCCAACAUAGCUGCAUUCUUCCAAUCAGUCAUUUCUCUACACAUAUUCGCGAGUCCAAUGUACGAGUUCUUGGACACCAAGUACAAGAUCAAGGGAAGAGGAUUCACCAUCCAGAACCUGACAUCCAGGAUAGCAGUGAGAGGUGGCUACCUCACCUUCAACACAUUGGUUGCAGCACUGCUGCCAUUCAUUGGAGAUUUCAUGAGCCUUACCGGGGCGAUUAGCACGUUCCCUCUCACGUUCAUUCUAGCGAACCACAUGUACCUAGUGGCAAAGAGGAACAAAUUGAACUCGUUUCAGAAGCUAUGGCACUGGCUCAACGUAUUGUUCUUUGGGGUUCUGUCGUUUGCAGCACUUGUUGCUGCUCUACGGCUGAUUGCUGUUGACUCCAAAACUUACCAUUUGUUCGCGGACUUGUAAUGGUGGCUUUCCUCCAGAUGCUGCCCUGCCCCACCUGAUUUGUAACGAUCAGGAAAAUAGGCUUAUAUAAUACAGCGCUGGUACAAACACAGCGUUUCUGUAAAGUGUUUGUGCAAAGAAGUCGCAUAAAUGGCGCUUCAGUUUGUAUUGUUAAUCGAGUAGGGUUUUGAAAUCCUCGAACAAUAACAGUUGCUAAGCACGUUGGAUCUUCCCACAUCCUGGCUUCUGCAAGUCCCUAAAAAAUUUGGUCAGUUUGGUCCAAUUUGUGAUUCUUUGACAGUUGUGGUUCGGUUGGAUAGUGACUUUCAGGACUCUGUCAUUCCUUCUCUUUCGCAGGUACCAGCAUGAAGUGCUGAUCACCUAGUCCGACAGAAUCCUCAUCAUAUUGGGUCUUUGCUCAAAAGAUUGUUUUUUCUUCUACAGAAAGGGAAUUUUUCCCUUACCAAAAAAAAAAAAAGGGAAUUUUUCUUUUAAAGCUGGAGAGUGACCGAGCUUUAUUCCUCUAAGGGAAGCUUGGUCCAACUCCUUUGUAAAGAGAGGAAUCAUAUAAAGUUGGUGAGUAGAG